AAAACACAAGAGCGCGCACAAAGACAGAGUCGGCAACAAAUUCAACAUCCAAUUCGAUACAUUCCGAACACGACGUUGAAGAGAAACGACCGCAACCGUUACCAGAACGGAACGCGUCGAGGCAUAUCUCUUUCUCUCCGAUGACGAGUGGUGGGCGGGUGUGGGAUGUAAAGGAUUACAGAGACGACAGAGAGAAACGAGAUUUUCCUGGGCAAAUGCCCGGAUUUACGCCCACAACUGCAUCUGCGCAUGAAUCUUCACAAACAUUUCCAUACAAGCCUCUCACGUUGACUAACAUAUAUCCUCUGCCAACUCCACCCUUGUCACCUGACUACCCUUCACAAACAACUUCCACAACAAACACCGUAUAUUCAUCUCCGCAAACACCAACUAACGCAAAUCAGUUUCUUCCAUCCUCGCAUUCACGUACACACACGCCAUCCGAUUCGCUCUCGUCCCAAUCUAUCUCGACACCCUACCAGUCCGUCUCCUUUCCACCUCUCACCCCCAUCGCCAACUCUUCCGAAUCAUACCACCCGCCCUCUCUCUGCAUGCCACCUUCUUCGGAAUUGUCAAAAUCACAAAUUGAUGACGUUUCUGAAUGGUCAGCAUCGACUAGUGCUGCAUUGAGUUGGUUGAGUGGAAAUGAUAAUGACGAUAACGGUAAUAGUAAGGGGGAGAACAAGAGGGAGAAAGCGGGAAAAACUGAACGAGCUAGGAAGCGCUGGGGGUAA